AUUUUUCGGAAUUGUAUCCGAGGCCGAGAGCUCAUAAAAUCUUCAGAGAAAAUUGUACCUAUUUAUUAUAUUACAGUAUUUUCUGAUUUAAACGUAAAAGUGUUUAGUGAUUCAAACUUAUUAAUUUCCAACUUUGUGUCUAAAAGUGUAAAGGAAAACCUAAACGUCAAUAGUCUUAUCAAAGAUUUGUAAACAUAUCUGAUAUUGUGUUUAAAGCAUAUUAAUCUUAAACUAUGGAGAUAGACUCAUCUAACAUGGAAGAAAAUAAUCAAGAGAAGCAAUCUGUAGAAAGCUCAGUUAUUCCAGAGAAUGAAAAGCCUGAAACGAAUAUUCUACCUACACCAACAGCUCCCAAUAAUGUUAGUGACAUCGAUUCCACUUCAAAUUCUGUGAGCAAGGAAGGCAAAGUAAAGAAACCCAAAAAACGUAAACCAAAAGUUCUUCGUGAUGUUACUGCCCCGCGUCAACCGUUAACUGGAUAUGUUAGGUUUUCAAAUGAGCGUCGUGAACAACUUAGAGCAGAACAGCCAGAGCUUGGUUUUGCAGAAUUAACAAAAAAAUUGGCAAGCGAAUGGAGUAAGUUACCUGUAGAGGCAAAACAACAAUAUUUAGAUGCUGCCGAUCAAGAUAAAGAAAGGUAUAUGAAAGAGUGGACUGAAUAUAAAAAAACAGACUCGUAUAAAGAGUUUCGGAGACAGCAAAUGGAACAAAAGGAUCCUAAUAGUUCAACAAAGAAGUUAAAGCAGAUCCAAUCAAAUGACAACAAUGCUGUUUCAGGUAAUGCACUCCUUGAUCAAACAGUGCCAGUAACAAAUACCACCUCAGCCAUCACAAACAAUUCAACUCGUCUAGCUACUCCACCCAGAACAAGACCAUGUGUGACACCAGCAUUAGGAGAGGAUCUUGGUGAUACAGACAUACCAAUAUUUACGGAACAGUUUCUCCAGCACAACAAAUUAAGGGAGUCAGAGUUACGACAGCUAAGAAAGGCCAAUUCAGAUUAUGAACAACAGAAUGCAACUUUGCAACGUCACGCUGAAGAAGUGAGCGCGGCGACAGCUCGGCUUCGAGCAGAAACCGCAGCUGCUGCGGAGCGUACAGCUGCGCUGGUUGCACAUCACAAAGCACUUGUCGCUGCCUUGGUGCAAGCUUUACAGUCCACUAUUUUACCUCUAUCAGGUGGGCCAGAAGGUGCUACAGAAAACAAUAUAGAGGAGUAUAUGGAAAAAUUGCAAAAUAUGGUGACUGAGAACAAGAACAAUACAUUGCUAAAGCAAGCUCUUGACAAUCUUAACUAUGUUUCAUUUCAUCUGCCAGCCCUUGGUUAAGACUUAAAAUCUAGGAAAAAUACCACCACCUUAGAAAGAACCACACACACAAAUGUAUAAUUAUUUAUUUGGGGAGGAUGACACAAGAACAAUAGCCAGGAUUUAAAAGUUAAGAAUAGCAAUGAACAAAAAUUUGGAGGAGGCGUUCAUUUAGAGAUAAGCCGAUUAGUUGUAAUAAUAACAAUAGUAGUAAUUGUAUAGAAGAAAAAAUAAAUAAAAUAUUACAGUAAAGAUUAAUCAAAUUAUAUAAAUAAGAAGAAUCUAAACAGAGAUUUGCUUGGCCGGCGACGUGCUGAAAUAUGACGGUUAAAUGGUAAACAAAAAAAAUAUUUAGCAUUCCCUUAUCCCUAUCACUGCUGGGGAAAUGCGUUACUCUAGCGCGUCAGAUAUAAUGAUAAAUUUUCUCGCACGGCAGGUAACGAGGGAUGUUUAGUAAACUCUAUAGCAGCUCCUAUUCAGACUACGAUUAUUAGACGAUUUAAACAUAACGUAACGUCUAAAUGAAACAUAACAUGUGAAAACUCAACACUGAAGCGUGUCAGAAUAUUAAACAGUCUUCAUCUUGAUAUAAGUUCUGAUCAAUAAUCUUACAAAUACAUAUGUGGAGAAUUUUUGGUUAUAAACAAUUUUUUAAGGACAGUGGCGCUAAGUGUGAUUUUUAUUAACGAUUCAACUAUCUCGGUUUGUGCAAAUCGGCAGAUAUCAUACGUGAUACUAUCUUGAAUCGUGACUAAAAUAAAAAUUGAUCCGUGGCUAAGAAUUUUUUAACUACUUUUAUCUGCCGUUAGUGUUUGACACUAUGCACAUGACAAGAUUGCUCUCCUUAUGUUUUUAAUGAAUCUCUGCUUGGGCUUCUCUACUAUAAAUCAUUGUUUAACAAAAGUAUAUCAAAAUAUUAUUUCUAUAAUAAGAAG